GGCUGUUUUAUUGUUAUGUUCCAAAACGAGUUAUCAGUUCUGUGCCGAUUAUUUAACAUUGUGUGUUUAGCGUUGGGAGCGGAUUUUGAAAAAUUUAUCGAUAAUUUUUCGCGAAAAGUGAAGGACAAUUGGGUCAAGAUUUACAUAACCUCGUCUUCUGUUCAGUCAGAACAAAAUAAUUCAGGGCUAAUAGUCCAAACUUCCACUCCCUUUGGGGCUCGCGGUUAUGCUUCUGGCGCAAAGAAGGUAACGCUUAUUCCCGGUGACGGAAUUGGCCCUGAAAUUUCAGCUGCCGUUCAGAGAAUUUUCGAAGCCGCACAUGUACCAAUUGAAUGGGAGUCCGUCGAUGUCACUCCAGUUAGGAAUCCCGAUGGAAAGUUUGGCAUACCCCAAAGUGCGAUCGAUUCGGUGAAUCGCAACAAAGUUGGUCUGAAGGGACCAUUGAUGACUCCGGUUGGCAAAGGACAUCGUUCUCUUAAUUUGGCCCUCCGAAAGGAACUUAAUCUCUAUGCCAAUGUUCGUCCGUGUAGAAGUUUGGAAGGCUAUAAAACACUGUAUGACAAUGUGGAUGUUAUCACAAUUCGUGAAAACACUGAGGGUGAGUACUCUGGUAUUGAACACGAAAUCGUCGACGGUGUUGUGCAGAGUAUCAAAUUGAUCACCGAGGAAGCAUCGUCUCGCGUGGCAGAGUAUGCAUUCAAAUAUGCUAAAGAUAACAAUCGCAAAAAGGUGACCGUUGUGCACAAGGCCAACAUUAUGCGUAUGUCAGAUGGCCUGUUUCUUCGAUGCUGUCGCGAAAUGUCCAAAAAAUAUCCAGAAAUAAAGUUCGAAGAAAAAUAUCUCGAUACAGUGUGCCUAAACAUGGUACAAGACCCAAGCAAAUUCGAUGUUCUAGUCAUGCCCAAUCUGUAUGGUGACAUCAUGUCCGAUAUGUGUGCUGGACUUGUCGGUGGACUCGGCCUAACCCCUUCAGGUAACAUGGGUCUUAAUGGCGCAUUGUUCGAAUCAGUCCAUGGUACCGCUCCAGAUAUAGCAGGGAAGGAUUUAGCUAACCCCACUGCCCUCCUGUUGUCCGCCGUGAUGAUGUUGAGGCACAUGGAGCUUAACCAGCAAGCCGAGAAGAUCCAGAACGCUUGCUUCGAAACCAUCAAAGAAGCCAAAUAUCUAACCGGUGAUUUGGGCGGCAAAGCCAAAUGCUCCGAGUACACCAAUGCCAUCUGUGAGAAAAUCAAAUAAAUAACUAUGUUUAGUUCAGAGUGAAGAAAACGGUUUAGAUCAGUUUCAAAUCUGUUCUGCUUUUGGAUGCUAGUCACAACUAGUUUCAGAACUAUCUAAACUUGUCUGAUCAGUAAUAGCGCAAUUGUACUUCAAACAUCAACUUGAGCAGACAGUAUUACUAACCAAAUCGUUCGGCAAGAAAUAAAGUUUUCCUAGAUCAGACAAUAAGCCUCCCACAUUACCCACUUUCACAAAAAUAAGCAAAACUUGCUUAAAAACUGAAGAUCAGACUUUUUUUUACCAUAAGAACAUGUUAUUGAAAAUCUAAUGCCGAAAAUAAGUUAUUGGAGAAGAAACGAAAUAAUACCACGCAGCAUAAUGCCAUACA